AUGGAGGAGCAACAUCGACAACUCCGAUUAUUUUUCACUAAGUUUGCUGGUUCAGUACUGGGAAAGGCAGAUAGCGAGCUUAACAUUAAGUGCUUCAGAAAAAGACAAAUAGUGAGCAUAACAGACAACUACAACACUAUUCUGGGAAAAGGAGGUUUCUCCAUAGUGUACAAAGGGAGACUGGACGACGGCCGUCCAGUUGCAGUCAAAAAGUAUAUCUUUACGGCAAACAAGAAGGAGUUCACAAAAGAAGUGAUUAUACAAUAUCAAUUCAGCCACAAAAAUAUUGUCAGAUUGUUGGGUUGCUGCAUAGAAGCAGAUGCUCCAAUGUUAGUAACUGAGUUUGUCCCUAAUGGAAAUCUUUCUGACCUUCUGCACGGCAAGAAUACAAGCCAACAAAUACCCCUAUCCCUGAACAGACGCUUAAAGAUAGCCACAGAAGUAGCAGAAGCACUUGUUUACAUGCACACCUCUCAGAGUCAUCCGAUCCUUCAUGGUGACAUUAAACCAGAGAACAUACUUCUUGAUAACAAGUAUAUGCCGAAACUCUCUGACUUUGGAAUAUCAAGGUUGCUUUCCAUGGGUUCAGAUGAAUACACAGGAUAUGUUAUUGGAAGUAUGGGCUACAUAGACCCCAUGUUUUGUCAAACUGGGUGCCUAACAACAAAAAGUGAUGUCUAUAGUUUUGGCGUUGUUCUUCUAGAGCUCAUCACAAGAAAAAAGGCUAUUGAUAAUAACAAAAAUUUCCUUGCAAAAUCUUUUGGUCAUGCUAAAACUCAUGAUUCUUUUGACAAAGAGAUUGCUUCUAGUGAGAAUAUCAAGGUUCUUGAUGGAAUUGUUAAGCUUGCACUCGAGUGUUUAAAGUUCGAGUUAGAAGAAAGGCCAAAGAUGAAAGAUGUCUCUGAAUGUCUUCGGAAGCUUCAAAGAGAGCAAGAAAAACUCAUGAUGAUAAGUUUGAAGUCUUUCUUGAAAGAAUCUGGCUUUACAAGAUUCAUCACUGAUGAGCAAAUAUAUAAGGUGACGAGCUACUUCAAGAAUAUUCCAACUGAACGUUUUAUGGGAAAGUUGUACAAAGGAAACAUGAACGGAAUGCCAUUUGUUGCAAUAAAGAUGUCAUUUGAAGUUCACGGUGAAUCAAUGGAGGAAUUUUCCCGUCAGAUGGUACUGCAGUCAAAAAUUGACCAUGAGAAUGUCAUUAGGUUUCAGGGCUGCUGGGUAGAUCAUCGUAACAUGCCAAUCCUUAUUUAUGAGUUUUCUAAGAGGAGCCUGCAUGACAUCCUUUUUGGCGAUAGCUGCAAAAACUGGAUAAUUAACUCUGAAGAGUGUCUCCAUAUAGCAAUAUCUAUUGCUACAGGUCUUGAUUACUUGCAUUCACUAGGCAUUACCCAUGGAGAUGUCAGAACUUCGAACAUACUUGUGGGAGAUAUUCCCCAGGGCAUUUUUUCGAAGAAUGUCCCAAUAAAAAUUUCAAGCAUUGAAGCUUCUGUUUAUUUUUCUAUGAAAAAGUCUGCACAGGAAAGAUUUGAAACAGAGGAGAACAAUGGUUAUAUGGAUCCCAAAUUUCCUGAAAGUGGAGUAUUGACUAAGGAGGCGGACAUUUACAGUAUGGGAGUUGUUCUACUGGAACUCUUCACAUGGAAAAAGGUACCUAAUAAUCAUAUUAGAAAUUGUGGGUUAGAGAAGCUCUUGGAUGUGAAAUUUUGUCGCCAUCUUAAAAAUCUUGCAAAGGUGAUAUCUGAGUGCUUAAAUGAAGAUGCAGAAAAGAGGCGAUCCAAUAUGAUCGCCUAG